UCUCAUUCGUCGCUCAGCAUGCAGCGGAGGGAGCAUCGCUAUAAGGUCCUUGUGAUCGGAGACCUCGGCGUCGGGAAGACGAGCAUCAUCAAACGCUACGUGCACCAGCACUUCUCCGCUAACUACAGAGCCACCAUCGGAGUGGACUUCGCCCUCAAAGUGCUCCACCUGGAUCAGGACACGAUCCGGCUGCAGCUGUGGGACAUUGCAGGUCAGGAACGUUUCGGCAACAUGACACGCGUGUACUACCGUGACGCCCUCGGCGCCUUCGUGGUUUUCGACGUGACGCGCUCGUGCUCUUUCGAGGCCGUGAGGAAGUGGAAGGAGGAUUUAGACGACAAGGUGAGCGUCUCGGGCGGGAAUCGGAUCGCCGCCGUGCUGCUCGCCAACAAGUGUGACCAGGAAAGAGACGACGCUUUCACCAAAAACUACGCCCGAAUGGAGCAGUUCUGCCAAGAGCACGGCUUCAUCAGCUGGUUCGAGACGUCAGCCAAGGAGGACAUUAAUAUAGAUGAAGCUGUUACCUGUCUGGUGAGACACAUCAUGGCCAGCGAGACAGAGCUGCUCCAGAGGGAGGUCAUGGACAUCGUCUCCCCUAAACUGGAUUCGGGACGCAGCCCACCCUGCUCUUCCUGCCUGAGGCCCUAAAUCACUCCAUCCUCACUUCACCAGCACACUUCAUCCCUCAAAAUACUCCAUAUCCCACUAAACACACACACACACACACACACACACACACACAAUUAUAUACAGUUGUGUGUGUGUGUGUGUGUACAGUAGCCUGUGUGUGUUAUAAAAAAAGCAACUGUGCAUUUGUAUCCAUAGCAACAGACUUGAAACACACUUCACACAUCAGCAACCUUAUAGAGCAACCUGAACAUCUCUCUCUCUCUCUCUCUCUUUCUUUCUCUCACUCGCUCUCUCCAUUAUUCACACAUUCACUUAUCAUUUCUGAAUCAACUUGUUUUUGUUUAAUAACAAUGGGAAAGUUUAAUUAAGAAUAUGCCAAUUAUCUAAAUAUGUUAAUCAGCCAUUCCUGAUGACAUCACUACCUGUAAUGUGUAUUGCUGUUAUUUAUUUUGCUGUGUGUGUGUGUGUGUGAGUGAGAUGUUUUUAUUAAAUGUUGAAUGUAAAGUGAUUAUCUGUAUGAUUUACUGUGUUAAGUGAGGAAUAGAACACUUGGGGUCAUGCUGUUACAGGAAAAUCAUCAGUGACGGGGUGGUGUGAUGAAUCGGAGUUUCCUAUAACAUUACAUCCUGAAGUGUUUUAUUCCUCAGAUACCACAGCUAGUGAUUAUUUAUUAAAGAAGGAAACAGCAUGCUUUUUAUCCA